CAAUGUCUACAAGCACCAGUGACUCUUGCGGCCAAUGGUCGACCGCACUCAACGACGGCAAUGACACCAUCGAGCUCGCGACACAAAUUCCUCUACCUCCCUCGUCUUCUACUCUUGGAGGAGCUUCCUCUCUUUCUACGUUUGCGAGCGUAGAAACCGAGUCGCAGCCCGGCACAGAUCUGGAUGCCAGAAGUAUGAGAAACGAAGUCAAUCUUGCUCCUGUCGAUGGAGGCCUUGGAGCAUGGUCUUUCUUAGUGGGUGCUUUCGUCAUCGAGCUCAUCAUCUGGAGCUUUCCGUUUGCUUUUGGUUUCUUCUUGUCGGCCUAUCUUGAAGACUCCCACUGGAAAUCUCAGAAGUAUGCGGAGACUCUGCUUCCUCUCGUCGGGACACUGUCCACAGGCUUGAUCUAUUGCUCAGGUGCAUUUUUGAAUCCGUUAUUGAGCCGUUAUCCCCACUACCGCAGGAUUACGAUGUGGCUUGGAGGCGCUUUAUGUGGUCUGAGUUUACUUGCUGCCAGCUAUGCAACGAAGAUUUUUCAGCUUGUUAUAACACAAGGAUGCUUAUUUGGCCUAGGCGGAGCGCUCGCAUAUUACCCUGCUCUCUCGUACCUCCAGGAAUGGUUCGUCCGACGCCGCGGUCUCGCUAUUGGAAUUAUCUUUGCUGCUACUUCCGCAGGAGGUCUGGUCCUACCUCUAGUGCUCCCUUACGCCAUUCGCACCCAUGGAACAUCUACAACUCUUCGAUAUAUCUCCAUUAUCACACUCGUUUCACUAGCUCUUGCCCUUCCCCUCAUUCGACCGAGGCUUCCUGAGAAUAGGGUACACGGCCCUGGCAGGAGAUCCAAUGGUAACAGACCUUGGCUUAGGGACUGGAGUUGGUGGAUUCUCCUGUUGGCAAAUACAUUGCAAGGCUUUGCGCACUUCCUUCCGAUUAUAUGGUUGCCUACAUUUGCAUCGGCUCUGAACGCUUCAUCGUCAACGUCGUCGAUAUCCCUUGCUCUACUCAAUGGUGCAACUGUCUUCAGUCAACUGGGUCUUGGUCUCCUGUCCGACUACGUCUCCCCAUGGCUGCUCGCAUCUCUCACACUGUCCGCCGCCUCUCUCGCCACAUUCAUGUUCUGGGGUGUGGCGGGACAUGCAGUUGCCGGCCUGUUCGUUUUUGGUGCGACCUACGGCCUAUUAGCAGGUGGGUUCAGCUCGCUGUACACUGCGUUCGUGAGACCUAUUGCAAAGGACGACGUGUCACUUUCGGUCAAUCUCUUUGGCAUCCUGCUCUUCAGCAGAGGCCUCGGAAACGUGCUUUCCUCCCCUAUCUCUACGGCUUUGUCGGCUUCGACACAUUUUGUCGCUCACGAGAAGACGGGGUUCGACGUAGAUAAUGGGAGGUACGGCAGGUUGAUCAUAUAUGUAGGAACUUGUCUUGCAGGGGCAGCGAUGGUGAUGUUGGCAGGAUGGAUGAAGGAAGUCACCCUGACGAAUACGAGAAGCAGACAGGUCUAGUCUCAGCUCUUGCCAGCUACCAUGCUAGGAGAUAAAGGGAGGCGUGAAUCCACGGUUCAGCCGUUGGUCAUAUUGUCCGGCGUAGCACGUUUCGAAAAUCUGUGUAUGAUGCGGUAAUUGAC